AGGAAAGAAGCAGCAUAGAUAGAAAUGAAGAAAAAGAUGGAAACAGAAAGCAACUCAUAUGAAUAUUGGCCCCCAUGGCAGGUCUUCUCACGGGGUCCCUUUACCACAAUGUGAGAAUAGAAGAUCUCCAUCUUCUCUUCCAAAUCCCUCAAUCCCCCUCUUUUUAAUUUUGCCUCUUCCUAGCCUAUUCCUUUCACCUCUCCUCUCGCACCCUCCAUUAGUUGCUAGCUUUGCUUUAUUUAGCAAUAAAAAUUAAAAAAAAUCAAGCUAGUUCAUCAGAGUCUCCACUGAUCCAUCGAUCGAUCCAUCACUGUGAGAUCGAUGUCUCACGACAGAGGCAAGGCAUUCUCAGGUGGAGAUGGAUCUUCAUCGGGGUACUCGAGUCCGAGUCCCACCGAUCAUCAUGAGCAGCAGCAGCAGCCAGCGACGCCCAGCAGGUACGAGUCACAGAAGAGGAGGGACUGGAACACUUUCGGACAGUACUUGAGGAACCAGAGGCCUCCAGUCCCUCUCUCCCAGUGCAAUUACAGCCAUGUCCUCGAGUUCCUCAGGUACCUCGAUCAGUUCGGGAAGACCAAAGUCCAUCUCCAGGGUUGUAUGUUUUACGGCCAGCCGGAGCCACCUGCGCCUUGCACGUGUCCUCUCCGGCAGGCCUGGGGAAGCCUGGAUGCUCUCAUAGGGAGGUUGAGGGCUGCUUAUGAGGAGAACGGUGGGGCCCCUGAGAGCAACCCUUUUGCUAGUGGUGCAAUCAGGGUUUACUUGAGGGAGGUCAGGGAGUGCCAGGCCAAGGCUAGAGGGAUUCCUUACAAGAAGAAGAAGAAGAAGCCGACCGCAACAACUCCGACCAGCAGCAGCAGCAGCAGCAGCGGCAGAGGGGGAGGAGGAGGAGGAGGAGGACCUGGAAAUAGUGAUCGUGAUUCUUCAACAAGUUCUAUCAUGCACUUCUCUUGAUCGAUGCUAAGCUCGCUCCUCAGAAUUUGGUUCAUGUGGAAAAUGAACGGAAUAUGGAAACUAGAAAUUGGUCCAAGGAAAAUUACCUUGAAGUUUCAGUACUACUACUGUUGAAUUUGAUUAUUGUCUGUUUCUUUUCUUUUCUCCCUAUAGGAAGUUGAUCUCUAGCUAUUUGGUCAAGGUAGCUUGCUACCAAGCCACUGCAUGAGUAUCUAGAGUUGUAGUAGUGAUCGCCUCAAUGCCAAGAAUCGAUCGAUCUCUUAAGGCAUUCCAGCAUGAAGUAUACAGCAGUCAUUCGUAAUUCAUGCAUUUCUUUGCAAUUUGGGAAUUCGAUCUUAAGCAUGUAUGCAGUAGUCGAGAUCAAAAACUCUUUAUAUCAAUGUUGGUUUAUAUAUGCUUAAUUUAUAUCAGAACAUAAUGAUAUCUAUUCCCAUGUC